AUGUAACGAAGUAGCAAUAGCCCCAUUUUUCUGUCUCCAGAUCAAUUCGCCACUCUAUUCAAUCAAGGAAUUCGAGAAUCCCUCUAUUUAGAUGAAAUGCAAGACCAACGCGAACUCAGUUUCUCAGCUCCCAAGACUGAUGAGACUAAUCAAUCAAACUUGCCCAUUUAAUCUAGUAAUUUUUUACCUGAAUUUCCCAAGGAUGAUGUUGUCAUAAGUAUUAUUCAUUCAAGUCUAUGCUUAGUAUCUAAACAAAUAUAUGAAUAAUCGCAAAACAUCGAGUAACAUAAUAAACAGUUGAGCGAGUCAUACUAAAGAAUACUAAAGUAGAACAAAGAAUUAUUGAACAAGAGGAAGGAAUUAGAAGAGGAGAACUAGGGUCUUCUGGAGGAAAACUUCGAUCUUAAGAGACAGGCUCAUGAACUUUAAUAAAAAUUGACGCUAGCCCAAAAUUAGAUGCUAGCCAAAAGAGAUCAGGAAAUACAAACCUUGAAAUAGCAAAUUAAAGAAUUGCAGUGUUAAUCGAAUUCCAGAGAUUCAGCCACCAAGACUGAAGGAAGUACUGCCACUUCUCAUAAAUAUUGUUUCGGGUCGAACACUCAUAGAGUACAGUCUAAUGAACAAUCGAAAAAUCCAUCUAGAUUCACUUCUCCAGUUCCGAAACAAUAAACCUCGGAGUUCUCAGUCUUCAAUCAAUAUAAUUCAAAUACUGUGUUCGGGAAACAACCCCAAUUAUGA